UCAGACCUGGUCAAUAUGCACAUUCUGCAAGACUCAGCUGCAGAGGGGUCCAUCCAGUCCACCCAAAUGAAGCUGAAAAGAGCCCGGCUGGCAGAUGACCUCAAUGAGAAGAUUGCGCUCAGGCCGGGUCCUUUGGAGCUGGUGGAGAAGAAUAUUAUUCCAGUGGACUCAGCUGUGAAAGAGGCCAUAAAAGGCUCCCAGGGCGCCUUUCCCCGGCAGAGCGACGCCUUCGCCUUCGAGGAGGACAGCAGCAACGACGGGCUGUCCCCGGAGCGGCCCCGCAGCCGCGGCUCCCCGGGGCCCGCCGAGCCGCCCCCCGCCUCCAAGGCCCCGGAGCCGCCCCCCGCCGGCCCUGCCGAGGCUCCUCAGGAUCGUCCCCCCAGUGCCGAUGGGCACGCUGCGGACGCUGCCCCGGGGCAGGGCAGCCAGUGCGACAGCCCCAAGCAGCCCGCGGGGCAGGAGAGCCCGACGCUGCCGCUGCCCUCUGCCGUGAAGUCCAAAUCAUCCAGUGACAGCAAGAACCGUCACAAAAAGCCCAAGGACACCAAGCCCAAAGUGAAGAAGCUCAAGUACCACCAGUACAUCCCUCCAGACCAGAAAGCAGAGAAGUCCCCUCCACCCAUGGAUUCUGCAUAUGCCAGACUGCUCCAGCAGCAGCAGCUCUUCCUGCAGCUCCAGAUCCUCAGCCAGCAGCAGCAGCAGCAGCAGCAGCACUUCAGCUAUCCUGGGAUGCACCAAGGGCAGCUAAAGCAAUCAAAUGAGCAAAUGGUCAAAAGCUCAAAUCCUUCAUCAACUUCUGGCAACAACACCCCUCUUUCUCCAGUGAAAACCACCUUUUCAGGCCAGACUUGUGUCUCAUCUAUCAAGCCAGGCCCUCUGCCCUCCAACCUGGAUGAUCUCAAAGUGUCGGAGCUGAGGCAGCAGCUCCGGAUCCGCGGCCUGCCCGUGUCGGGCACCAAGACAGCGCUGAUGGAGCGGCUGCGGCCCUUCCAGGAGUGCAGCAGCAGCACGGUGCCCAGCUUCAGUGAGAUCACCACCGUCACCUUCCCCGUCACCCCAACCAACACCCUGUCCAGCUACCAGUCCCAGUCCUCCACCAGCAUGUUGUCCAAUGGUUUCUACCACUUUGGCAGCACCAGCUCCACCCCGCCCAUCUCUCCUGCCUCCUCUGACCUCUCUGUGAGCGGCUCCCUGCCCGACACCUUCAACGAUGGGCCCAUGGCUUCCCCACAGUUUGGCCUCCAGCCAUCACCAGUGCAGGGCAGCGCUGAGGAAAGCCUCAUGAGCAGCAUGAACGGAGGGAGCAUCCAGCUGGAACUGGAAGGGAUAGACACGGAGAAGGACAAGAUGCUGGUGGAGAAGCAGAAGGUGAUCAAUGAACUGACGUGGAAGCUGCAGCAGGAGCAGAGGCAGGUGGAAGAGCUGAGGAUGCAGCUCCAGAAGCGGAAGAGAAGCAACGGCCUUGAGGAGAAGCAGCAGCCUGCUCAGCAUUUCUUUGGUGUCCCCAUCAAGCAGGAAAACACCGUGUCCAGCUGUCCAUUUGCAUCCAAACAAAUGGCCCUGAAAGGCCAGGCGGGCAGCUCGGAUAAGCUGAGUAACUGUGGAGUGCCACAGGUGCCCCACAUCGUGAACAGCCACUGCUUGGAGCCCGCCGGGCAGAGCACCAUCACCUCCUCGACAUUCCUGAGCCCGCAGUGCUCCCCGCAGCACUCUCCCCUGGGCGCUGCCAAGAGCCCCCAGCACAUCAGCCUGCCGCCGUCCCCCAACAGCCACUACCUGCUGCCCGUGUCCCCCGAGGGCCGCAGCGGGUCCCCCCCGGGCAGCAGCUGCCUCCGCACGGCCCCGAUGGCUGCGCAGUCAGGCCAAAAGUUUUCUAUUUCAUCCCCAAGUUUUUCUAAGUCAAGCCCAGCCCUGUCAGAGGUAAAGCAGCCUCCACCCUAUGAGGAUGCAGUGAAGCAGCAGAUGACACGAAGUCAGCAGAUGGACGAGCUCCUGGAUGUGCUGAUUGAGAGUGGAGAGAUCCCAGCCAAUGCCAAGGAGGAUCGUUCCUGCCUGCAGAAGGUGCCUCAGAUCAUGGUGUCUGCGGGGAGCUCGGCUGGCCCUGUCCCCAAGGGCUCUGCCCCCUUCGAGCCGGGGCCCCCAGCCCCGCUGCCCUUCGAGCACUGCCCGGGCAGCAGCGACGCCCACCUGGAGGUGCUGCUCAACAGCCCCCUGGGCAGGGUCAGUGAGAUGGCCCUGCUCAAGCUGGGGGCAGAGGAGCCCCCCUUCGAGGGCAUGAUGGAGGGAUUCUCUGGCAAGGCCGCCGACGAACUGCUCAACUCCCAGGAGAUUUUACAGACUCCCCUGUCGCCCAUGGACACCCAGCUGUCCCCCUCCCCUGCCGAGGGCUCUGCCUUGCAAAUGAGCUUCACUGAGUCUCCGUGGGAAACGAUGGAGUGGCUGGACCUGACCCCCCCCAGCUCGGCCAGCGGCUUCAGCUCGCUCACCCCCGCGGGGCCCAGCAUCUUCAACAUCGACUUCCUGGACGUGGCUGACCUCAACCUCAACACCAGCAUGGACCUGCACCUGCAGCAGUGGUGA